CCGAGGCCGGGAGCGCGGAGUCCGGAAGCGCCGGGCCGGGAGCGCGGACGGCCGGGACUGGGGGCUCCCGAGCGGGCCGGAUCCUCAGCAGGAUGACUGUGGGGAUCUUUGCAAAUUGUACCUUCUGUUUGAAAGUCAAGUCCUUACCUCGGCAGCAGAAGAAAAAGCUACAAACUGACAUUACGGAAAAUGGUGGAAAGUUUUCCCUUUUAUUAAAUCCUCAGUGCACACAUAUCAUAUUAGACAAUGCUGAGAUUGUCUCAGACAGUGUUCUGAGUCGGUACCAACUGAGCUCUAUCCAAAAGAACCACAUUCAUAUAGCAAACCCAGAUUUUAUAUGGGAAUCUGUCAAAGAAAGGAGACUCUUAGAUGUAAAGAAUUAUGAUCCCAGGAAGUCACCAGACAUCACACCAUAUCCUGAUCAAAAGGCGAGCGGUUCUGAAGCGAAAACAGACGAUCUAUCCCUGGACGAUCUAUCCUUGGACGAUGCCUCAGAGAAGGAAAACAUUGUGGAAUUCACUAAGUUUUCUACAGAAGAUGUUGAAAUUCCUCAUUUUCCUCAAGAUUUUGAAGUUGCAAAAUAUAACACCUUGGAAAAAGUGGGCGUGGAGGGAGGCCGCGAAGCCGUGGUGGUGGAGCUGCAGUGCUCCCAGGACCCCGGGGACUGUGCUUUUCUGAUAUCCGCGCACUUCCUGGCAGACGGCAUGCAGCAUAGAAGAGAGUUCACUGUAAAGAAAACCUCUGCAGACGCCAGUGAAUACUAUGAAGAGUACAUUGAGGAGCUGAAGGACCAAGGAUUUCUACUAAGAGAACAUUUUACACCCGAGGCAACCCAAUUAGCAUCUGAAAAAUUGCAAGGGUUGCUUUUGGAGGAGGUCAUCGAUUCAAGCACUCUGAGCCGAGAGGUGGGCGAUCUGGUGGAGAUGAUUUGGGCGGAAGCCCUGGGCCACCUGGAGCACAUGCUCCUCCAGCCCGUCAGCAGCAUCAGCCUCAACGAUGUGAGCAAGGCAGAGGGAAUUCUCCAGCUGGCAAGGGCAGCGCUGAAAACUGGAGAGACGGCAGAGCAGUUGCAGAAGACGAUGGCUGAGUUCUACAGGCUGAUCCCUCACAGAGCUCCAGCGCCCGAGGAGAUUAACCUGGGACUGCUAGCUAAGAAAGAGGACCUUUGCCAGCUGAUCAGAGACCUGGUUAAUGUCUGUGAAACUAACUUGUCCAAACCUAACCCACCAUCUCUCGCCAAAUACCGGGCUUUGAGAUGCAAAAUUGAGCAUGUUGAAUGGAAUACUGAAGAAUUUUCCAGGGUUAAAAAAGUGGUAUUGCAGAAUAAUCGCAGUCAGAGUCCGGUGGAUAUCUUGGAGAUAUUUAGAGUUGGGAGAGUGAAUGAGACAACAGAGUUCUUGAGCAGACUUGGCAACGUGCGGCCCUUGUUGCAUGGCUCCCCCGUGCGAAACAUCGUCGGAAUCCUGUCUCGAGGACUGCUUUUACCCAAAGUAGUUGAAGAUCGUGGCGUGAAAAGAACGGAUGUUGGAAAUCUUGGGAGUGGGAUUUACUUCAGUGAUUCACUCAGCACAAGUGUUAAGUAUUCACACCCAGGGGAGACAGAUGGCACCAGGCUCCUGGUGGUUUGUGACGUGGCCCUGGGAAAGUGUGUGGACUUGCACAAGAAGGACUCUUCCUUAACUGGAGCACCGGCCGGCUACGACAGUGUGCAUGGAGUUUCAGAAACCGCCUCUGUCGCCACGGACUUUGAGGAUGAUGAAUUUGUUGUCUACAAAACCAACCAGGUUAAAAUGAAAUAUGUUGUUAAAUUUUGCAUGCCUGGAGAUCAAAUAAAGGACUUUCAUCCUCCGGAUAAUACUGAGUUAGAGGAACACAGACCUGAGUUUUCAGGUUUUUCAAAGGUUGAAGAUUACCAGUUACCAGACAGCAAACCUCCCAGCGAUGUCAAGGCCGGCCUGCAGGACCCCUCUGGGAACCUGGUCCCCCUCGAGGACGUCCACAUCAAGGGGCGAAUAAUAGACUUCGUAGCCCAGGUGGUUGUUUUUCAGACGUACACAAAUCAAAGUCCCGUGCCCAUCGAGGCGAAAUACAUCUUUCCUUUGGAUGAGAAGGCGGCCGUGUGUGGCUUUGAGGCUUUCAUCAACGGGAAGCACAUAGUAGGAGAGGUUAAGGAGAAGGAGGAAGCCCAGCGGGAAUACCGCGAAGCCGUCAGCCAGGGCCACGGCGCGUACCUGAUGGACCAGCACGCUCCGGACAUUUUUACUGUAAGCGUUGGAAACUUACCCCCCAAGGCUAAGGUUCUCAUCAAAAUCACCUACGUCACGGAGCUCAGCUUCCAGGGUGCCGCCGCUGUCUUCUUCAUGCCCGCCGCCGUCGCGCCCUGGCAGCAGGACGGGGCUCUGAACGAAAACCUGCAGGAUGCAGUAAAGAAGAUUUGUAUAAAGGAAAUAGGAACAAAGCAAAGCUUCUCUUUGACUAUGUCUAUUGAGAUGCCAUACGUGAUUGAAUUCAUUUCCAGUGACACACAUGAACUGAAACAAAAGCGCACGGACUGCAAAGCUGUAAUCAGCACUGUGGAAGGCAGCUCCCUAGACAGUGGUGGAUUUUCUCUCCGCGUCGGUUUGUCUGAUGCAUAUCUCCCAAGAAUGUGGGUCGAAAAACACCCGGACAAAGAAAGCGAGGCUUGCAUGCUUGUCUUUCAACCCGACCUCCACGUCGGCCUCCCCGACCGAGCCACCGAGAGCGAAGUGAUUAUUUGUCUCGACUGCUCCAAUUCCAUGGAGGGCGUGACGUUCCUGCAAGCCAAGCAGAUCGCCCUGCACGCGCUCUCCUUGGUGGGUGAGAAGCAAAAAGUGAACGUUGUCCGGUUCGGCACAGGUUACAAGGAAUUAUUUUCGUAUCCCAAGUGCAUCACAAGCAGCGUCGAGCCAACAGAGUUCAUCAUGUCUGCCACGCCCACCAUGGGCAACACCGAGUUCUGGAAAACGCUCCGAUAUUUAAGUCUACUGUACCCUUGUCAGGGGUCUCGGGACAUUCUCCUUGUGUCUGACGGGCACCUCCAGAAUGAGAGCCUGACGUUGCGGCUCGUGAGGAGAAGCCUCCCCCACACCAGGUUGUUUGCCUGCGGCGUCGGUUCUACAGCAAAUCGUCACGUCUUAAGGACCCUGUCCCAGUGUGGUGCUGGAGUAUUUGAAUAUUUUAACACAAAAUCCAAACAUAAUUGGAAAAAACAGAUAGAAGACCAGAUGACCAGGUUACGUUCUCCCAGUUGUCACUCUGUCUCCGUCAAAUGGCAGCAGCUCGGCACGGACGCGCCCGAGCCCCUGCAGGCCCCCGCCCAGGUGCCGUCCUUGUUCCACAACGAUCAACUCCUCGUCUAUGGGUUUAUUCCUCACUGUACACAGGCAACCCUAGGUGCACUAAUUCAAGAGAAAGAAUUUUGCACAAUGGUGUCGACUACUGAGCUUCAGAAGACAACUGGAACGAUGAUUCACAAGCUGACGGCGCGCGCUCUAAUCAGAGAUUAUGAAGAUGGCAUUCUUCACGAAAACGAGACCGGCCACGAGAUGAAGAAACAAAUCUUGAAAUCUGUGAUUAUUAAACUCAGUAAAGAAAACUCUCUCAUAACACAAUUCACAAGCUUCGUGGCAGUUGAGAAAAGGGAUGAGAAUGAGUCUCCUUUUCCUAUUGUGCCAGAAGUUUCUGAACUUAUCGCCAAAGAAGACGUGGACCUUCUGCCGUACAUGAGUUGGCAGGAGGAGCCCCGAGACGCCGGCGUGAUGCAGCCUCUCCCAGCAUCCUCCGAACGGAUCGAAGACUCGGGUUUCACCGAAUGCAGAACACGCAAGGUUAAAAGAAAAUUUAAAUUGCGUAAGAAGAAAGUGUCCGAGGACGCCGACGGAGACAGCCUAGGCCCGGAACCGGCGGCACCGGCCUCCACGCCCAGUUUGGAGAGUGAAGGUGUGGGAAAGCCGUUGGAUUUAUGCCUUUUUUCAAGUAAACCAAGCGCACUGCAACUACGAUCCAGCAGAAUCCCUUGCAGAAACAUGCUUGUUUCCGACUGUGCUCUCGGCGCGGCCAACGCCGGCCCGCCCCUCCUGGCCGCCUCGCCUCUGCCCCUCUCGGCCGCCGCGGGCGCGCCUCGCCCGGUCUCCGCGGGCCCAACUCUCCCGGUCGGUGCGGGCCCGCCUCCCAUGGUCUUCGUGGCCCAAAGUGUCGCGGUCAAUCUGGGCCCGACUUGCCGGGUCUCCGCGACCCCAACUCUCCCAGUCACCGUGGGCCCGCCUCGCCCGGUCAACCAGGGCCCAACUCUCCCUGUCAGCGCGGGCCCGCCUCGCCAUGGUCUUCGUGGCCCAAAGUGUCGCGGUCAAUCUGGGCCCGACUUGCCGGGUCUCCGCGACCCCAACUCUCCCAGUCACCGUGGGCCCGCCUCGCCCGGUCAACCAGGGCCCAACUCUCCCUGUCAGCGCGGGCCCCUCCGGGCCGCCCGCGCCGCUCCUGCCUCCGCCUCCGGCUCUCCUCAGGGCUUUCUGUUCGGUUCUCUUUCUCGCCCCAGGCAAUUUGGCCUUGAGACCCGCGGCUUGGCGGGCGCUGGCUCUGCCCCUUUUCAGUCAGCUGCUCCGCGCGCAAUGGCUUUCCGGAGCCUUCCCCCCGCGCCCCUCGCGGGUCGCUUCCGCGUCGCGCUUAGUAGCGGUGGGAGCGGCCCUCCUGCUGGCACGUUCCCCAGGAUGGACUCGCCCCGUCAGCCGGGUCUUUUUCUCCCUCCUCUGCCAGCUGCUGCUCCCGCCAAAGCUUGUGCUUCUCACAAAUUCCCUGACCUCUUUGGUUUUCAUGGGGAAGAUGACCCAGUCUCUUUGAGCCCCAGGUACAAGCCGCCAGUGGAUUUGUCAGAGACUAGCCGCAGGGGCCCAGGGCGUCUGUCGCCUGGGUCUGCUAGAACUGCCCCGUCACAUUCUCUCAAAAGUCACUGGGAUGACUCAAGUCCUGAAGGGCUCUGGGAGACACAAUGUGAUGGCUCAUCAGCGCAACUUCCAGGGGAGUCGUAUCUUAAGAGAACAAGGGCGAGCCUUCGGGCAGGAGAACACGUGGGCGAAACCGUCUGCAAACGAAGCUGGGGGAGUGUCUUGCCGUGGACUGAACUCUGCAGUCUACAAACUGAGGAUGGCUUCUGGAAACUCACACCAGAACUAGGAUUUAUAUUAAACCUUAAUAUAGAUGCUUUACACAGCUUUCUUGAAGAAAAAGGCAUUCAAUCUCUAGGUAUAAAAGGAAGAGAAUGUCUCCUGGACCUAAUUGCCACAUUGCUAGUGCUACAGUUUCUUCGAACCAGGUUGGAACACAAGGGAAUAGUCUUCAAAUCACUGAUGAAAUUGGAUGACGCUGCUUCCAUUUCCAGGAAUAUUCCCUGGGAUUUCGAGGCAAUAAAGAAGGCGAAUGAAUGGGUAAGAAGAACUGAGGGACAGUAUCCAUCUAUCUGCCCACGGCUUGAAUUGGGUAAAGACUGGGACUCUGCCACUAAGCAGCUGCUGGGACUUCAGCCCAUAAACACCGCUUCUCCUCUUCACAGAGUCCUUUGUUACAGUCAAGGGUGAACCGAAUGAAAUUGGAUUUGGAUUUUAAGCUCUUCUCAUGCUUCUGUGUAGAAAAUAAUCAAACGUUAAUAAAUACCUGUCAUGAAAUUUAAUUAUGAUUUCAUUUAGUGUAGCAAUCAGUCCCUUUAAAAUAAGGUAAAUGGAAGCAGAAUGCAUUGUUUUAACCAACUAACAAGCAAUAAUAAAAUGAAAAUUAUGAUAUUACA